AUGUCUCAACAAACCACCUUCAACCCAACCUCCUCCGCACCUUUCCACCGCCUGCUAUCCUACUACUCCAACCGGUCCCAGAAGCCCGACAACGAAACCGUCCGGCUCGGCGACUCCCUCCGCGGCAAUCUCGCCCUGGGCCUAGACUUCCCGGUGGCCCUGGGCGUCGCCAUCGGCCGGCAUCUCUUCCUGCGCAACGUCUCCUGGCUCUCGCUCGACAUCCACAUCCCGCGCGUGGGCUGGAAGACGACCCCCCUCGAGGGCGUGAAGGUCGACGAGAAGCGGGACUACUCCCGCGCGGAAUUCCUGAACGUCGUGAGGCAGACCAAGGGCUGGUUCGGAGUCCUCGAUGCCCUGGGUCUCUGGGCGCUGGCGGCGGACUGUCGGACGGGGAGGAUCUCCGGCGAGGAUGUGGUCGGGUUUCAACGGGGCACGCUUUUGCAUCGGGUUGAGGAGAGGAGGAAGAUUGGACGGGAGCAGGUUUUGCCUCUGGUGCGAGGCGGGCCGAUUUCGUAA